CCGCGCUCCCAAGGAUAUGAAUAAGCCACCAGCCAGCAGCCUGGAGGCCGCGGCGCCGGGCCACCGGGCCAGCCCGUGCGCACCCCGGACGAGCCCGGAGCAGGAGCUCCCCGCGACCGCUGCGCCGCCAGCACGUGUGCCCAGGUCCGCUUCCACCGGUGCGCAGACUUUCCAGCCCGCGGACACGCUACCCUGCGAGGCCGAGCGGCAGGGAGUGGGGUUCUGCGAACUUAGUACCCCGCGGGCGCAAGCGGCCUCGGCAGCCCUGCGGCGGGACUUACCCGAGGACACGCCGGCUUCUGGGACCCUUGGGGCCGGCAACGCGCUGCACUGUAAGAUCCCGGCCCUGCGCUGCCCCGAGGGGGACGCAGAAGGGAGUGCAGGCAAGGGCACGCUGGAGCGGAACAGCACCGCGGCCGUGGGCUGGGUAAACAUGAGCCAGAGCACCGUGGUGCUGGGUUCUGACGGAAUCGCUUCGGUGCUGCCCGGCAGCGUGGCCACCGCUGCCGCCCAGGAGGACGAACAAGGGGAUGAGAAUAAGGCUCGAGGGAACUGGUCCAGCAAGCUGGACUUCAUCCUGUCCAUGGUGGGGUAUGCAGUGGGGCUGGGCAAUGUCUGGAGGUUUCCCUACCUGGCCUUCCAGAACGGGGGAGGUGCAUUCCUCAUCCCUUACCUGAUGAUGCUGGCACUGGCUGGGCUGCCCAUCUUCUUCUUAGAGGUGUCUCUGGGCCAGUUUGCCAGCCAGGGGCCAGUGUCCGUGUGGAAGGCCAUCCCAGCUCUCCAAGGCUGCGGCAUUGCCAUGCUGAUCAUCUCUGUGCUCAUCGCCAUCUACUACAACGUGAUCAUCUGCUACACGCUCUUCUACCUGUUUGCCUCCUUCGUGUCCGUGCUGCCCUGGGGCUCCUGCAACAACCCUUGGAACACGCCAGAGUGUAAAGAUAAGACCAAACUUUUACUGGACUCCUGUGUUAUCAGCGACCAUCCCAAGAUACAGAUCAAGAACUCGACCUUCUGCAUGACCGCCUAUCCCAACCUGACAAUGGUUAACUUCACCAGCCAGGCCAACAAGACAUUUGUCAGCGGCAGCGAAGAGUACUUCAAGUACUUUGUGCUGAAGAUUUCUGCUGGAAUCGAAUAUCCUGGUGAGAUCCGGUGGCCGCUGGCCUUCUGCCUCUUCCUGGCUUGGGUGAUCGUGUACGCCUCCCUGGCUAAAGGAAUCAAGACUUCAGGAAAAGUUGUGUACUUCACGGCCACGUUCCCGUACGUCGUGCUGGUGAUCCUGCUCAUCAGGGGAGUCACCCUGCCCGGAGCUGGGGCUGGCAUCUGGUACUUCAUCACACCGAAAUGGGAGAAACUCACAGACGCCACGGUGUGGAAAGAUGCUGCCACUCAGAUUUUCUUCUCUCUGUCUGCUGCCUGGGGGGGUCUGAUCACUCUUUCUUCUUACAACAAAUUCCACAAUAACUGCUACAGGGACACUCUAAUUGUAACCUGCACCAACAGUGCCACAAGCAUCUUCGCUGGCUUUGUCAUCUUCUCUGUCAUCGGCUUCAUGGCCAAUGAGCGCAAAGUCAACAUUGAGAACGUGGCAGACCAAGGGCCAGGCAUUGCCUUUGUGGUUUAUCCAGAAGCGCUGACCAGGCUGCCCCUGUCUCCGUUCUGGGCCAUUAUCUUUUUCUUGAUGCUGCUCACUCUAGGACUCGACACUAUGUUUGCCACCAUCGAGACCAUAGUGACGUCCAUCUCGGAUGAGUUUCCCAAGUACCUGCGCACCCACAAGCCAGUCUUCACGCUGGGCUGCUGUGUUUGCUUCUUCAUCAUGGGCUUUCCAAUGAUCACUCAGGGUGGAAUCUACAUGUUCCAGCUCGUGGACACGUAUGCCGCCUCCUAUGCCCUUGUCAUCAUUGCCAUCUUCGAGCUCGUGGGGAUCUCCUAUGUGUACGGCUUGCAGAGAUUCUGUGAAGACAUAGAGAUGAUGAUUGGAUUCCAGCCGAACAUUUUCUGGAAAGUCUGCUGGGCGUUUGUAACCCCAACCAUCCUAACCUUCAUCCUGUGCUUCAGCUUUUACCAGUGGGAGCCCAUGACCUACGGCUCCUACCGCUACCCCAGCUGGUCCAUGGCGCUUGGGUGGCUCAUGCUUGCCUGUUCCGUUAUCUGGAUCCCAAUUAUGUUCGUGAUAAAAAUGCACCUGGCCCCUGGCAGAUUUAUGGAGAGGCUGAAGUUAGUGUGCUCGCCACAGCCAGACUGGGGGCCAUUCUUAGCUCAACACCGUGGGGAGCGCUACAAGAACAUGAUCGACCCCCUGGGAACCUCCUCCCUGGGACUCAAGCUGCCAGUCAAGGAUUUGGAACUGGGCACCCAGUGCUAGUCCAGCGGGGUGGAAUGGUCCAGACUUUCAGCCUGUUUGCUCUGUCUGCCUCCUCCUAAUAUUUUUCCCAG